AUGGCGUUCUUCCGCAAUCACAUGAAUUUCCUCAAGGCUACUACCGCCACUACCUUCAACCAGACCGUCAAAAAGGUCGACACUACCAUCCCUGCUGUUGGAAGAGCCGUCUACUUUGCCAUUGCAGGCGCUAGAGCCAAAAUGCUCGGCAAAACCUAUGCUGAUGUGCUCAACUUGCUGCAUUACGAACUCACCCUUCCAGAGACCGAGGAGAGCUGGAAGAAGCGCCAGGAUCUCCUGGCCGAACUCUCGGACAUCUUUGAGAAACGCAAAGAAAACAGCACCAUCCCAAACGACUUUGUCCAAAAGGUCAAAGCCGUCUUACCUCACAUUGUCUCCACGGCCGGUUCUGAGCGCACCACCUUGUCUGCUCAAGCAUGCCGAGCCCUCUCCAACAUUGCCAAACACCUCGAGAAUCAAAUCCAGUCUCAACUCGAUCUUCUUCUUCCAGGCCUCAUUGCUAUUUGCGGCUCGACCAAGAUGGUCAAUCAGAAAAACGCCAAUGACGCCAUCAUGAACAUCUGCAAACAUGCUGGUUACAGCCCCCGUCUCUUCUACCAUGUCUGCGCUGCCUUCAAGGACAACCGCAUUCCUCCCCGCACUUAUGCGCCCGAGUGGCUGCGCAUCCUCAUUGAAACCUAUCGCUCUCAGAUGGACCGUGAAAAGGACGGUCCUGCUUGUGAAAAGGCCAUCGCCGCAGGUCUCACGGAUGGACAAGUCAAAGUACGCGAAAAUAGCCGUGCCGUCUUCUGGACUUUUCAUUCAUAUGACCCACGAGGUGCCCGAGCCAUCAUGGGGACCCUCAAUACUCAUGCUCAAAAGGCUUUGAAAGCCGAUCCACACAAUCCCGACAAAUCCUCCACCACUGCUGCGCAUGCCAAUGCGCCGCCCAGACCAAAAUCGGCACUUGCCUCGAUCAAAGCUCAGAACAAAGAACGCAUGGCUCAAACCAAGGAGUCGUCCCAACAACGGGGCUUGACUCCCGAACCAAUCAAGUCAGACGACUUCAAAGUCUUUGGGACCAUGGACGACACCGAAAAGAAACCUAGUCUUCUCUCAGCACCUGUCAGGAGACGCAUCGUUGCUACCCCAAUGCCUUCGGCCAGCAGUGUCCAGCGCCCUGAUUCUCGUGGCCGUGCUGCAACGUCGGCGUCUUCCGUGUCGAAAGACAACUCCACCAACAUAGUGCCGGAGACCGUGCCCAAAUCCAGUUUUGAGACGGUCACCAAGUCCAGCUACGAGACAAUCAAAUCUGAUGGCAAAGAAAAUGCCAUGGUGAUACGUCCACGCAAGAAGCGAUCUCCCAAGAGGUCACCUAAGCGGUCUCCCGAACGAGAUCGACUGGCCUCGGAGAAAAAGACGCUUCUGAUGGCCAUGGAGGCACUUCGACGGUCCAGCUUGGAUGCCCUGGGCUACCGCAGGCUCCGAAAACUGAUUGAGGAGAAUCCUGGUGCUUUGAUCACCAAGCACUCACAGUUUAAUGAACUUUUUGAAUUACUCAUCCACAACAUGGCGUCGCUGGACAUGAUCACCGAACCUCGAGAUAAGCGAGCCACCAACAUCAACCAUCCCGCCUAUAACACGCACACGAUCCUCAUCACCCUGGUCCACCUCUUCCAACAAUAUCCUCAAUGGCCUGAACCACAGCCUGGAUUGACCUUGUCGGCCCUUCUCAUUGCCCGAUGCAAUCACAGCUCUUCAUACGCAUCCGUCCUGUCGGCCAUCGACGACGGCGCCUUUCUUCUGUGCAGCCACACACAGACUGUUCUCCCCACAAUCGAUGCGGUGCUCGACACCCUUGAACAAAUCGAGUGUAUCAUUACCAACAAUCCUAUUGUUACCCCCAAGUCGACGGACACUAUUUUGUACAACAGCCUUCAGAGCCUGGCGUCGGACUUCGGCCCCGAAAGACCUCGCUUUGCGAAUAGGCUCCCUAUUGUUAUGGACUUUGGACUGAAGAUCCUUAAUGCUCUCCUCAUCCGAGUUGUUUCGUGCAAUGAAACUCUCUACGAGAUCCAAGAAGAUCGCCUCGCCGCCUACGCCGAACACCUCCUCGCCACCUAUACAUCCAUCAUCAAGAGAGCGGUCAUGAACUUUUGCAUCAACCUUCACGCCGUCAUCAAACCUGAAGCUCGGUUCUACAAGUACUUCAAGAAGGAGUCGGACAAGAACUUGAUUCAUUAUUAUGUUGACGUUGCUGCAUCACCUUAUUGA